GGCGAAGAGGCCGGCUGGAGCCCCAGGGUGCCGCAGGGUCCCGGAGCCGGAGCCCGCAGCGGAGCGGGGUCAGGCGCGGAGGGCGCGCGGGCGGCGGGCCACGCCUCGGCCGCUCUCCUCCUCCUCCUCCGCCCUCCCCCCGGCCGGCCGCCGAGGCGCGCGCCUCGCCGCGCUGCCUUCCGCCCCGAGCCGCGGGCCCCCCACGCUCCGCGGGGCCUGCCGCGCUCCGAGGCCCUGUGCGAGCCCGCCGAGCAGUUCCGGGGGUAGGGUUCACAGGUCAGAGUUGACUCCCUGAAAAGUGCAGCCGCCUGGAAAUGCAAGAUGGCGGCGGCGGGGCGCUGAGAGGCGCGGCGGCCCCCGCAGGGGAUGGCAGAUAGGUACUUUGGACCCGUUGGUAAUGAUGGCCUGAGCUAAACUCCUAAUUUGAAGGGACACCCUUCCGCAUCAGAGCACAGAAUGCUGAGGAAGCUAUGGCAAGUGAUUGGAGUUGUGCUUCAGAAAUUCCAGCAGUUCAACAGUAUUUUAUCUGCCAACAAUAAAUUCUUUACUUGACCGAACCAUGAAAAAGCUGCUAAUGAGACUUGUUGAGCAUAAAAACGGACCUGAAGAACCAAAAGCCAUUGUUUUCAAAUGAAGAAUACUGAGUAGCUUUCAGCCUCCAUGCUUUUGAAUCACCACUGAGAUUUCCCCCAUAACAUCAGAAUGGCAAGCAGGCGAAAAUCAACAACACCCUGCAUGGUCCUUGCCAGUGAACAGGAUCCAGACCUCGAGUUGAUAUCAGAUUUGGAUGAAGGGCCUCCUGUACUCACUCCUGUAGAAAACAGCAGAGCAGAGAGCAUCUCAAGCGAGGAAGAAGUUCAUGAAUCUGUGGAUUCUGACAAUCAGCAAAAUAAAAAAGUUGAAGGUGGUUAUGAAUGUAAAUAUUGUACUUUUCAAACUCCAGACCUAAAUAUGUUUACUUUUCAUGUGGAUUCAGAGCAUCCCAACAUAGUGCUAAAUUCCUCCUAUGUUUGUGUCGAAUGUAAUUUUCUCACCAAAAGGUAUGAUGCACUUUCUGAGCAUAAUCUGAAGUACCACCCAGGAGAAGAGAAUUUUAGGUUGACUAUGGUGAAACGAAAUAACCAGACAAUCUUUGAACAAACUAUAAACGAUCUGACUUUUGAUGGUAGUUUUGUUAAAGAGGAGAACUCAGAGCCGGCUGAAUCUACAGAAGUUCCUUCUUCAGGAAUUCCUAUCAGUAAAACUCCCAUCAUGAAAAUGAUGAAAAAUAAAGUGGAGAACAAGCGUAUUACAGUUCAUCAUAACUCAGCUGAGGAUGUUCCUGAAGAGAAAGAGAAAGAGAUCAAACCAGACCUUGAAGAAAGUGUGGAAAAUCCUAGUUCUUCAGCUUCUGACUCUAAUACCAGUACUUCCAUUGUCAACAGAAUACACCCAAAUGCUGCCAGCACGAUAGUGGCCCCAGCAGCAGUUCUUCCUGGACUAGCACAGGUGAUAACCGCUGUGUCAGCUCAGCAGAAUUCCAAUCUGAUUCCCAAAGUCUUAAUUCCUGUGAGUAGCAUUCCUACCUACAAUGUUGCAUUGGAUAACAACCCCCUUUUGCUUAACACCUACAAAAAAUUCCCUUACCCAACCAUGUCAGAAAUUACUGUUCUUUCCGCUCAAGCAAAAUAUACAGAGGAACAGAUCAAGAUAUGGUUUUCAGCCCAACGUCUAAAACAUGGUGUGAGCUGGACUCCCGAGGAAGUAGAGGAGGCAAGAAGAAAGCAAUUCAACGGAACAGUACACACUGUACCUCAGACCAUAACUGUUAUUCCGACACACAUUUCCACGGGGAGUAAUGGCUUACCAUCCAUUUUACAGACAUGCCAAAUAGUUGGUCAGCCAGGCCUGGUUCUUACACAAGUAGCUGGAACAAACACCUUGCCGGUAACAGCGCCGAUAGCCUUGACAGUGACAGGGGUGCCAAAUCAAAGCCGUGUACAGAAGAGUCAGGCCCCUGCUGCUCCGCCUCCUGCAGAAGCAAAACCAGCAGCAGUAGCCAAAGCAGCAGCAACAGCAGCAGCAGCAGCAACGGCAGCAGCAGCAACAGCCACAGCAGCAAAAGCACCACCACCAGCAGCAGCAGCAACAGCCGCAGCAGCAACAGCCGCAGCAGCAGCAGCAACAGCAGCAGCAGCGGCAGCACCAACAGCAGCAGUCCCAACUUCUCAGGCUGUCAAACACGAAACCACACCCGCAAACCCCGAUUCAUUUGGCAUUCGGGCAAAAAAGACUAAAGAGCAACUAGCAGAAUUAAAAGUCAGCUACCUUAAAAAUCAGUUUCCUAGUGACUCAGAAAUCAGCAGACUUAUGAAAAUCACAGGCUUGACAAAAGGAGAGAUUAAAAAAUGGUUUAGCGACACGAGGUACAAUCAGAGAAAUUCAAAGAGUAAUCAGUGCUUACAUCUCAACAGUGAUUCCUCCACUCCCAUUAUUAUAGACUCCAGUGAUGAGACCACGGAAUCCCCAACCGCUGUUACUUCACAGCAUAAACAAUCCUGGAAUCCUUUCCCCGACUUUACUCCGCAAAAGUUUAAAGAAAAGACAGCAGAGCAGCUCCAGGCCCUUCAGGCUAGUUUUCUCAACAACUCCGUACUGACAGAUGAAGAAUUAAAUAGGUUAAGAGCGCAAACCAAACUGACCAGGAGAGAAAUUGAUGCUUGGUUUACAGAGAAGAAGAAAUCAAAAGCUUUAAAGGAAGAGAAAAUGGAAAUAGAUGAAACUAAUGCAGGUAGUUCCAAAGAAGAAGCGGGAGAACCUGCUCCUGGAGAUGAAUCUGGUGCACCUAAGGCCGGGAGUGCAGGCAAGAUAUGUAAAAAAACACUUGAGCAAUUGCACAUGCUCAAAAGUGCGUUUGUCCGAUCCCAGUGGCCGUCAUCGGAAGAGUAUGACAAGCUGGCCAAAGAAAGUGGUCUUCCGAGACCAGACAUAGUUAGUUGGUUUGGGGACACCCGUUACGCUUGGAAAAAUGGAAACUUAAAAUGGUACUACUACUAUCAAAGCUCCAAUUCGAGUGGUCUGAAUGGUCUGUCUUCCCUUAGGAGAAGGGGGAGAGGAAGACCCAAAGGCAGGGGAAGGGGAAGGGGGAGAGGAAGGCCACGAGGAGGCAAGAGAAUGAACAACUGGGACAGGGGGGCUUCGCUCAUAAAAUUUAAAACUGGAACUGCAAUACUUAAGGAUUAUUACCUGAAGCACAAAUUUCUUAAUGAGCAAGACCUUGAUGAACUUGUUAACAAAUCACACAUGGGCUACGAGCAGGUCAGAGAGUGGUUUGCCGAAAGACAGAGAAGAUCAGAGUUAGGUGUAGAGUUAUUUGAGGAAAAUGAGGAGGAAGAGGAAGUUAUUGAUGAUCAGGAAGAGGAUGAAGAAGAAACAGAUGAUAGUGACACCUGGGAACCCCCACAACAUGUGAAGCGGAAACUUUCUAAAUCAGAUGACUGAAAUCUGCCUAAAACGUUGGAGGAGAAUCAAUUCUUCAACUCAAGCUAUCUGAUUUACUGUGAAUGGGCCCAAUCUUUAAUGACACUGAAACCCUUUGGGAGCAUACACAUUCUCAAAAAAUAGGAUCCAGUAUCCAAAAGAAAUGGAACUUAAUGUUGUGCCAAAGUUAAACUACUGCAGCUGGUGGAAGUUCUGCAAUGUAAAUAGAACACAUUAAAAAAAAAAAAAAAAAACUUGUAAAAAUUCAAAUUUUAAUACAUUUUUAUUCAGAUAA